GGUGGCUGGUUUCGGGAAGCCCUUUGCCAGCAUGCCUCCUUGGCAGCUGGCCCUUGAAAAGUGAGGGGAGAGAGGCAGCUGCUGCCCUUCUGGCCGGGAAGGCUGCCUGCGGGCCCGGAGCAGUCCCUGCCUCGGCUCGGGGCCAGUAAGUGGGAAGGCCGAGUUGACCAAGAAGUCCCUUCACAACCACAUUCUAACCUACUGGAAACUCGUAUAGAACAGGAAGGUGCAGGGACUGUCAGUCGGUAGAGAUGAUCUCCUUCAAGCAAUUGCCGCUGGAAGCAAAGGCUGCGGUGGCUGCUGGAGUUGUCUUCUUCUCCAUGAUGAUAUCCCGGACCUUCCUGGCAGAGCAACUUGAGUUCGGUACACAGAGGUGGCUGCGGAGAUUACAGAUGGCACUGUUUGUUAAUGCGCUAAUGCUCAUAGGUUCUCUUUACAUCUGGAGAUGUAUAGUGACCACAUUCUACAGACUUUCAGCUGCUUAUUCCUAUUGUUUCAUACCAUGGAAAAUAGCUGUGCUAACGUUUCUAGCUUUGGCACACUCAAGCUUUUUUACAUUGCUGUUUCUUGUUGCAGAAGAGCCCUAUUUCUUUUCCUUAGCUUCUUACACAUGUCUAGGAGCCUAUAUAAUCCUUAUUUUCUUUCUCUUCACUCUGGGCUCUGUAGAGCAAGUUUAUAAACUCUUGGUCAGCAGAGCUGCUAAGACAAGUGGUAUCAAUAAGAGUAGUAAAACUGUGAUGAAACCUGUUUUGGUUGUUAUGGUGACAGUUGCUCUGACUGUUGUUGGGUUGUUGAAUGCCUCCCAGCCUCCUGCAGUGACCUCAGUGGUGAUUCCUGUUCACAAACUGCCUUUGUCCAUGGAUGGCCUGAAGGUGGUGUUGCUAUCAGAUAUCCACCUGGGACCCACUGUAGGGAAGACUAAACUUGCAAUGGUUGUGCAGAUGGUCAAAGCUUUAAAACCCGAUAUCACUGUGAUUGUAGGUGAUCUGUCAGAUUCUGAAGUGAUGGCCAUCCGACCUGCUGUUGAACCUCUUAGUGAGCUUAAUUCCCCAUUGGGAACUUACUUUGUCACUGGAAACCAUGAGUAUUAUACUUCUGAUGUCAACAGCUGGUUUGAAUUACUGAAGUCAUUUAACAUUCAUCCACUCCACAAUGAGAAUGUGAAGAUCUCUUCUCCAAGGAGCAGCAAUGAUUGGUUCUGUCUGGCUGGGGUUGAUGAUAUUGAAGCUCAGGUUAUGCGCUAUUCUGGGCAUGGCAUGGAUUUAAAAAAAGCCCUAGUUGACUGCGGUGCUGAUCAUGCAAUAGUACUUCUGGCUCAUCAGCCACUGGCUGCAAAAUGGGCUCUCCAAGAUCGCCCAGACAUAAAUUUGAUCCUUUCUGGCCACACUCACGGUGGGCAAAUAUUCCCUCUGAAUGCUGGUGCCUAUUUGCUGAAUCCCUUCUUUGUUGGCUUGUAUAAAGUUGGGCAGAGCACUUUCGUAUAUGUCAGCCCGGGGACUAUGUAUUAUGGAAUUCCAAUGAGGCUGGGCAGCAGAGCUGAAAUAACAGAGAUCAUCCUGCACUCUCCCUGAAUGGUCUGCCAACU